CUAGUUCAAAAAAUUCAGAUCCAAAGCAUAAAACGGUCUACGAAUUUGAAUUCACACUUUCCCGACCGUUCAUCUAGACCGCUCUCCACCGUCAGAUCACUCCUAUGACUUCACCUCAUAUUUCUAACUCACUCCAUUUCCAAACUAUUUUCUGCCCUCCCCACCAAUCUCUGCCCUAACUUUCUCCCUACAAAUCUCGCUCAUUCACUAUUUUAAAUUCUCUAAACCCUUAUUUCACUUCCUAGGCUUCAUUUUGUACAACAAUGUCAUUCAUUUCUGAGUCGAAAAGCGCAAUCAGAAGCCGAUUCGGCUUCCAAGAAGCGGCUUCAGAUGUUGUGCCUUCGGUUCAGAGUUCGCCCGAUCUUCUUAAAUCGGCAUUGAGAGAAAAUUUUCAUUCUUCUGCAGUUCGGAACAUAAGUGAGAGAGAUGAUGAUGCUACCUUUGCAGGAUCGUCGAUCCAGAGCUUUGAACUUCAUGAAGAUCCUUCCUUCUGGAAGGAGCACAAUGUGCAGGUUAUUAUUAGAAUUCGUCCUCUCAGUAGUUCUGAAAUAUCACUGCAAGGCUAUAAUAAAUGCAUUAGGCAAGAUAGUUGUCAGGCGAUUACCUGGACUGGGCAUCCAGAAUCUCGAUUCACCUUUGAUCUGGUUGCAGAUGAGAAUGUCAGCCAGGAGAAGCUGUUCAAAGUAGCUGGAUUGCCGAUGGUGGAUAACUGCAUGGGAGGCUACAACAGCUGCAUGUUUGCAUAUGGGCAGACUGGCAGUGGAAAGACUCAUACAAUGCUGGGAGAUAUUGAGGGAGGCACUCGAAGACAUAGUGUCAACUGUGGGAUGACACCAAGAGUGUUCGAGUAUUUGUUUUCAAGAAUUCAAAAGGAAAAAGAGGCUCGUAGAGAUGAGAAGUUAAGAUUUACAUGUAAAUGCUCAUUCUUAGAAAUAUACAAUGAACAGAUUCUUGAUCUUCUAGAACCAUCAUCUGCUAAUUUACAGAUUAGAGAAGACAUUAAAAAAGGGGUACAUGUAGAAAAUCUCACGGAGCUAGAAGUUACAAGUGCUCGCGAUGUGAUUCAACAACUUGUUCAAGGUGCAGCAAAUAGAAAGGUAGCUGCUACUAACAUGAACCGUGCAAGUAGUCGUUCUCAUAGUGUAUUCACAUGUAUCAUAGAGAGCAAGUGGGAAUCACAAGGUGUAGCUCACCACCGCUUUGCUAGGCUUAAUCUGGUGGAUUUAGCAGGUUCUGAAAGGCAAAAGAGUUCUGGUGCUGAAGGUGAGCGUCUCAAGGAAGCUACUAACAUCAAUAAAUCUCUUUCAACAUUGGGGCUUGUGAUUAUGAAUCUUGUAAAUAUGUCCAAUGGGAAGUCACUCCAUGUUCCUUAUCGGGAUUCAAAACUCACAUUUCUGCUUCAGGAUUCGCUAGGGGGGAAUGCAAAAACUAUCAUAAUUGCAAAUGUUAGUCCAUCUAAUUGCUGUUCAUUAGAGACACUAAGCACGUUAAAGUUUGCACAACGUGCUAAAUUCAUCAAGAACAAUGCAAUUGUGAAUGAAGAUGCGUCUGGAGACGUCCUUGCUAUGCGAAUGCAGAUUCAACAGCUUAAGAAAGAAGUAGCCCGCAUGAGGGGAUUGGCAAAUGGAGGAGCUGAAAACCAGGAUAAUGAUACUUGGACAGUAUCUUUUCCUGGAUCUCCUGGAUCAUUUAAUUGGGAAGGGCUUCAUGGAUCAUUGAGUCCGCUUACAUCUAAUAAAAGAGUGUCUCAGAAGAAAGAAUAUGAAGUUGCUCUUGUUGGGGCUUUUAGGAGGGAAAAGGACAAAGACAUUGCACUGCAGGCAUUGGCUGCUGAGAAUCAGGCAGCUAUGCAACUGGCGAAACAAAGACAAGAUGAGAUACAAGGCCUAAAAAUGAGGCUACGGUUUCGAGAAUCAGGACUAAAGAGGUUGGAAGCAGUUGCUUCUGGGAAGAUAUCUGCUGAGGCACACUUGUUGAAAGAAAAAGAGGAGCAUUUGAAGGAAAUAGAGGUUCUACGGAUGCAGGUUGAUCGAAAUCAGGAAGUAACAAGAUUUGCAAUGGAAAAUUUGCGAUUAAAAGAAGAAAUUAGAAGAUUAAAGUCAUUCUGCGAGGAAGGUGAAAGACAGAUGAUGAAUGAACAGAUUACUGUAUUACAGAAUAAGUUACUAGAAGCUCUUGAUUGGAAACUUAUGCAUGAAUCAGAUCACUCAAAAGUUCAGAAACAAAGUUCAGAUUUGGUAACGAGGCUUAAUGGUGAUGAUGAUUUAUUAGUCUCCAAUCAGGAUCCAGAAGCAGCUUGGCAUUCUUCAAUUAAUCAGGAGAAUGAAUUCCUCCGAUUGCAGGCUAUUCAAAACCAGGCAGAAAUGGAUGCACUUCGGAAGAAACUAGCCUUGUGCCUUGAAGAGAAAGAAAAAAUUGAAAGGCAUGUUAAUGAACUGGUAACAGAGCUAGAAGAAGAGAGAUCCUCCAAAGCCAUGGAAGUACAAGAGCAGAAAUUGCAGUCUGAGCUGCCUUCUCUGACAACCAAUGUGCCCAGUAUUGAUUUAAAUGGCCAGAUAGAGCUUAAAACAAUGGUUGACGCCAUUGCUGCUGCAAGUCAAAGAGAAGCCGAAGCACAUGAAACAGCAUUCAUCUUGUCUAAAGAGAACGAUGAACUGCGCAUGAAGCUUAAGGUCUUAAUUGAGGAUAACAAUAAAUUGAUUGAACUGUACGAACGAGCAGUUGCAGAAACUAAUCAUAAAGACAGUGAAGAAGCUGAGAAUGCUCAAGAAGAUAAUGCUGGAGUUCACAAAAAUGAUGGUUUCCCUGAAUUGACUGCAGAGAAAGCGAUGGACAUGAAAAGGGUUGUCGAGAACCUAGAACAUCAGCUUAUGGACAUGCAUGAAGAAAAUGAGAAACUAAUGGGUCUUUAUGAGAAGGCCAUGCAAGAGAGGGAUGAAUUCAAAAGAAUGCUUUCUUCGGGUGGAAAGAACUCUAAUGAAACUACAAGAGAAAAUUGUGUGGAAAAACUUGUUGAAGUGGAUGGAACCGAAAGUAUCAAGUCUAUUUCUGGUGAGGAAAUGCUUUUGGUAGAGGAAAGCGGUUUCCCUGGAUUUAAUGUGCAAGAAGAUGGAGAGGAAUUUCUUGAGUUUGUGAAGCCUACCAUAUCUGCUGAAGCAAAAAUUUUAAUUGAAGAUACUGGUGUCUCCAGAGUGAAUUUGCUGGAUGAUUUCAGCCAGUGUCCUGGAAAUUCUCAAGCAAAGGAAGAAGAUCUGAUUGAUCCUCAAGCAAAUGAAUGCUUUGAGUCAGAUGAACAUUCUAUUUCUACUGAACCACAUCUUUUGUUGGAAGAGAAUGGCCUCUGCAGAUCAAAGAUGCUGGAUGGAGUGGAUGCUAUUGAGGUAGAUGUUCUUGCUGAAUUCAGUGAAGAUAACAUGUCUGUGGGGAAAAAUGGUUUUUCUGGGUUGGAUGUGAAAGAUGGGUCAGAUCAAUCUGGUGAUCAGAUUGUUUCUGGAAAUACUUCUGACAUGGAAACAAAGCCAUUGGAAGUCAAUGUGGCAAUAGGGUCAGAAGAUCUAAAUUUGGUCAGGAUGAAGCUGGACCGAGCAGAUGAAAAGCUCUCAAGUUCUGCCAAAACUGUUACUGCAUUUGGUUUACUUGAGAAAGCAGUCGUUGAGGUUGAUAAGAUCUCCAGAGAAAUUGGAGCAAUAGAAGAUGAUCUCCAGUUGAAGCAGCAAGAGUUUGAAUCCCUCAAGAUCCUCUCUUCGAAGAUACAUGACAGAAGAGCUCUAGUAGAUAAAAAGUUGUCAGCUCUUAAAUACUCUCUAUCAAGCUUUUCUACAUCAGCUGCUUACUUUGAACAACGAGAAGCUCAAGCAAGGGCAAGGGUGAAUGCUUCUUCAUCCUAUCUAGGCCAAAAGAAAGAUGAGUUGGCACGUCUUCAAGCAUGCAAGGAUGAAAUUGAGGCAGUCCAGAGGAAGCUGCAACAUUCUGAUGUUGAAAUAAGAAACAAUAUUGCACGUUUGAAGUCAAAAAUUGAAGAAGAAAACCGGACACAAGAGAAUGAAAAGGUUCUGUUGGCCAUAGAUAAUGUUCAGAAAGAGAUUCCCUCGCCACAGAUAAAUUGGCAUUUGGGUGGUAAAGCUACUGCACUACUAAAGUCUGAGGAAGAGAAAACCAAGCUGCAAGCUGAGAUGAAGCAAUCUCGCGAAAAGCUUGGGGCUGUAAGAAGGGAAAUUGAAGAUCUGAACAGAAAGUCACAGAAGGUGGAAACAGCGAUGCAAACUGUUGAAAUGGAGAUGCAGAAAAGUUUGAAGUCUGUGGAGGAGACGCAACUUGGACUUCAGGGUAUCGUAAGAGAGAAUGAGAUGCUCUUGGAAAUUAGAGAGAGUGGAAAAACUGAGAUCGACAAUCUGAUUCUCGAAUACCAGCAGUCUAUGUUUGAAGCAGAUUUGAAGUUGGCUGAAAUGAGCAUUUUAGAAGAAGAAUUGUCAAUGCAAUCAAGGAGAAUAGAAGAGCUAUGUGCGACUAGAGCUGUAGUCAUGGAGAAGUACAGCCAACUGUUGAAAGACACAAGGUGCCUUUCUUCCUUAUCGGAAAAAAUUGAAGAGGAGCUAUGCACUGUUCGAAUGUCGGUUCUGGAAGCCAAGUCAUUGUUAAGAACCGAAUGUUCAAAUGUUUAAUGGUCUUACCUUGUUAAUCCAACUGAACCAAAACCCUCCUGUGGUCAAACCCUCCUGUGAUUAGAAAACUAUUCUAAUUAAUAUUCUGUUGAUUGUGAAAGAAUCAUUUUCAUGUUUUAAAGUCCGUAAGAAAACACUAUUGCAUAGAAAGGGUAAUUGAAACAUUACCAGCUGAUAUGUCAUUUGUCUAACAUUCUUACUU